AUGUCACCGGCGGCUGAUCCGAAUAGGGUUUCUUUGAUUUAAAAGAAAUAUUUUUUUACAAAUCUUUCAAGAAUCAAAAAGAUGCAACGAGCGUGUCAGCUUUGAUGACGGCCCUUCGAGGUGUUCGCAAAUCCAAGUCAUAUCAUGUAAGUUUCAAUAAGACACUUCGAAAAAAAAGUUCUACAGAGUCAAGAGGCCACCGAUCGAUCACUGCAAAAAAAGAAAAGUUAUUCACUGCGAUUCUACGUUUAUAUCGCUAUUUGGAUCACCUGUAUUUCUUACUUGUUUGCUUUGCUUAACCGCGGCCCCGUUUGUUCUAUAUUGGCCCGAGAUAAUAAAUCUGUCGAUUCGUACCUUUAUUUUUUUUUUCAACAAUGCAAUGCAUGAGUACACAGAAAGUAAAACUUCUCGGGUACGAUAUGAGUAAUGUAUGUGAUGUGUGAAAUCCCGUAAGUGUGCACGUAUGCCCGCCUAUUCAAAAAAUGAACUGGAAAGCGCCCAAUUUCAUUUAUUUUUUUGAAUUUUAUCAUUAUUUAAUAAGAAAAAGUCGUUAAAAAAAUUUUUUUCAAUAAACAAAUUUUUAUAGUAGUUUGGCAAAAAUCUUUUUUUAAAUUAGAACAUUUCCAACUAUUUAAUAGACGUGAUUAAGGUUUUCAUCAUGGCUUCGUAUAUCGAACGUAGUGCAACUGCUCUGAACACUUUCAGAAGCCUCUUCAAUGAACUGAGAAAAGCCGAUAAGGUUCUUUCUCAUUCACUGUCAAAACCUGUUGUUCUUUCAGACCUUCAAUCGCAAUUCGGAGCUGUACAAGUACUUGUCAGGAGAAAUGCGAGGGCAUCAAGUUAGCUAAUUCAAAUAUGAAUAUAAAAGAGGCCGAUUUUCAAGGUUACUCAACGACAAUACGCCAAGUCGUCUCGUGAAACAGAGGGUCUGGCUAAGUUCUACUUGUCCUAUCUUUCCAGGUUCGAUUUUUUUUUUUCAAAAAAAAAAGUUUAAAAUGUGAGCUUUUUUGGAUUUCAAAAGUUGUUCAUUUUUGAGCACUGGUUUUUAUAGGAACCUAUUUCAGUACACGAAGAUUGAACGAACUGCAAGAAACUUACAAAGGAGGCGAGAAAAGCAUCGAGGAAAGCGCUAGGAUCGUCGGUCUUCAGUUGCCACAACGAAAGAAUUGA